AUGGCACACAUGCAGCACCGCGACGUCGGCGUCCUCCGCGGCCAUAAGCGACCUGUCAACUGCUUGGCCAAGUGCUUGAGCGGCGCGCCCGACCUGCUCGCGUCUGGCAGCCAAGACAGCACGGUUCGCAUCUGGGACCUGCGCACAAACAAGGUCGCACAGUGCAUCACGCAAGCGUUUGCUGGCGACGCCGUGAGCUCGGUCGCGUUUCCGUCGGCGACCGACCUCUACGUGGCAUCGCACAACCAGCUCUACACAUUCGACCUGCGCAAUGCGGGUAUGAUAGUGAAGGAAGCAACGACGAUCUUGGAGCCGGCGGCCGACGAGAUCAACACGCUCGCGGUGCAUCCGUCGCAUGCCAAGAAGCCAUGGCUCGCCGUGCCCGACGACGAAGGCGAGAUUGGCAUCGUCAACCUCCAGACUAAAGCACUACAGACGACGCUACGCGGCCAGCACACGAACCUUUGCAUGUCGGCGGCCUUCCGCCCCAAGUGCGCCGGAUACGACCUCGUCACGGGCGGCCACGACUGCCAGCUCGUCUUUUGGGAAGUGAGCGGUGAUCGUGGCAGCGGCCGCAUGCGCGCCAAGCUCAGUAUGCAAGACAUCAUUGGCGACGAUGCGCUCGCUGACGGCACGCAGAUGUGGAACCCGCCGUUCGUGUACGACUUGGCCUUCAACGCGGCCGGGCGGUCGUUGGCGGCGGCGCUCGGGGACGGGUCCGUGGUGUUGCUCGACUUUGCUUCGCGCAGUCUCCAGCGACGACUUACGGCCCAUCGCGCGGUGGCUACCUGCGUCGAGUUUGCCGCGUGGCAAGGGAAGGAGUACCUCAUCUCGGCGGCCAACGACGCCACGGUUGCGAUCUGGGACUACAAGGCUGCUAUCCAGAGCGCGGACGAGGCGGCGGUGAUGGUUCCGCUGGCCAACCGACCGAACGCGAUUGCCACGUACAUCAACGAGGACGGGUGCACGCUUUAUGUCGGCGACGACCGCACAGCGACGAUCACCAUGAUCCAACUGCACUAA